CAGUAAUUGGGGUUCUCGCUGUAGACGGACAUGUUGUGCACUGUCGUCUCUGAUCCAUCUCUGUGCCAGACGGGUGCUUGCUGUCAGCGACGGUUGAGUUGAUGAGCGCACGAGAGAUGAGGAGAUCAUGGGCAACACACAGAAUACGGGAAUGUGGCACAGUGUGUCAAACAUCUCUCCCGUUCUCUGGGUCGAGAUACAAAAGUCUUGGAUCUUUCAAAUGCCGGCAAGUCUUUGCUCGCGUCAAUCCCUUAUUUUUCAAAGGGAGGCCGAGGAGAAGGACCGAAGCUUUUCGUCAUGGGUUUGGGAUUCAAACAUCGAGUGAGUGGCGGCUUGGGGCCUUCACCUGCCCAUAGAUUCCAGCAGAUCAAUGUUGAAAGUCUCGGUCCUUUUGAUCUCAUACUCAAGUCCAUAUCGCUUAUACAAGACAAUGCUGUGCUUUCUGCGUGGAUUCAGCUGACGAUCGUCCUUCCUGCUGCGAUCGCUAUGCUUUUGAAUCAUGGUUUCUUCUAUGCAAUUAUUCACAAGUUCAUGCCAUAUCCGAGACCACCCUCACCUCCGGACGAAUUGCCAGAGACGAGACCCGACAUCCGCAUGUUGAUUUUCAUCGGUAUCGUUCUGGUGGUGUUAGGGUUUGUGCUGACCGUGAAUCUCGUGUCAGCGGUGUUUUACGUAGUGAGUGUCGUAGACCAAGGCGAGAGCAUCACAUUCAAGGAUGUGCUGCGAGCUCUGCCGGGUCAGUGGAGGAGGGUGGCUGUCACCGGCUUCUGGGGAGAAUUGUUCUUUGCCGGCAUGGCCCUGGUUCUCAUCUUGUCUCAAAUUCUGAUCAUGAUGUUCUUUGACGUAUCACGAGUACCUUUGCUCAUAUUGAUCAUCGUUACCUUCAGCGUGGUGAGGAGUUUCCUCUUCUUCAUCGUCACGACGCUGCAGAUGGCGUACGCAGUUACAGUUUUUGAGAAGCUGGAUGGCCUCGCAGCUUAUAUCAGAGGUUGGAAGCUUCUCAAAUCCAGAUGGUGGAUUGCUCUAUGGAUUUUUGUGCUCUUAGACCUACCGAAGACCAUGUUGGGCGACGCUUUGAGUGCAAUUGUAAAGUCUCAACAAUGCUUGCACAUGAAGGUCCUGUUCGCGGUGCUGCUGGUUAUCCCGACGUCGAUGUUGACGCAAUUGUGUUCUACUUGUUACGCCUUCUUCUAUACUUCAUGCGACUUAUGCUCAGAUGAAGAAAGCCAGCACACGAAUGACCAAUUCCAGAUCGGAUUAGGUUAUCGACGUAUAGAAGCAUCUUAGUGGAUCCCCACUCAAAUUCGACGACCACCAGAAUCAGCAAAAUGAAGAUAUGUCCAGAGUGAGCUCGUCGCUUUUCGAUAUGUACAAAUAUUUCUCUUUUGAGACACUGAACGAAAUCCUCCAAUUUAACUGUUGGGGUUUAAGCAAGGUUUCCGGCGUCCGAGAGCUCUUAUCUCACUGUUUGCUGCGCUGUUUGUCGGGCAGAGAUCUGACCUCUACUUGCAGGAAUGGAUGGCACCAACGAAACCUCGAUGGAAAUCUGUUCAUUCCUCACGCAGCUCCGCUCAAACCGAACAGACAACUGGAUUUGAUUCUGCAGACACGAGAGAAAGUCCAGAAGAAAAAGGAGAGAAUCAGUGAAUCCAAGAUGCUCCUGUCGAAGAUACACACGUUGCCACAAUCCACUCGAGCCCUGGAGGAAAAAUUAGCAGUAUCUCAUCAGCCACAGAUACUCUUCACGGCGAUGGCUAUGUCCAUCCAAUAAUGCCUUGACAGUUCAUUCAGGACAUUCCAACUACUGAAGCAUAAGCAUUUACUCUCGAAGAAGUAAUUUUUAACACGCUCGAUGACCUCCGGAUACAACGCCACUAAAGCUUGGGGUGUUGGUCAUGCAAUCCAGUGCAGUCAUCAAUGUCUAGUUGGCGGUAACUGGAUCUAUCCGUAACUAUCUGCGAUGGGGGGCCACUCUGUCCAGCAAUGGCGGCAGGGAUGGUGCCUAAGUUUGGCUUUAGAAAUAAUCACUACUUUGUCAUGGCAUACGCAUGUGCCUACAAGCAGGAGGACGGCGCCAUAGAAGAAAAUAUAUAUAGUGACGUCAUUUAUCUAGUAUAGAACAGGCUAAUUGCUUGCGCAUGCGUAUGCAAUUAGUUCAACGAGGUUCAAUCCCAUGGACUAAAUUGAAGUAUACAGCAUCAAGUAUACAUAUUUUUUUAUAUAUGUAACCCUUGGGUACAUGUAACCACUGGCGCCUAGCACGGGAAGGGUGGCAUUGGAAAACCACUCUUAUAUCGAUGGAGAUAAAAGAUAGCGACAUUCAUAAAUGUGAGAAAUAUCUAAAGUAAAAAAAGACAUGUCAAGGAUAAGCUUUCAGCAAUGAUUUCAUGAUUUCUCUCCUUAGAAGGUCGCAACUCGGAUGCUUCCACCUUGUGCGGGGCACGCCCAAAGCUUCAUGUACUUUCUGCAUGACAAACACAAUCUUGCGCUUGCCA